CCCUGCAGCAGCAAGCAGCUCCUCUUCUAGCGCGCGCGCAGCACAAAGCAACCAAGCCGAAGCAGAGCAUGAUCGAAGGGGGCCCCAUUGCUGGAAGGAUAUAGGAGAGGCAAGGUCUAGCUUUGUCGUCGACGACCACCGCGCGCGCCGUCCAAUAAUGGCCCGGCCGCAGCAACGGUACCGCGGCGUGCGGCAGCGCCACUGGGGCUCCUGGGUCUCCGAGAUUCGCCACCCCCUCAUGAAGGCGCGGAUAUGGCUGGGCACGUUCGAGACAGCCAAGGACGCGGCGCGCGCCUACGAUGAGGCGGCGCGGAUCAUGUGCGGGUCCCGCGCGCGCACCAACUUCCCCGCUGACGCCAGCACCACCGCGGCCGCCGCCUCGUCGUUCCUCUCCGCCUCGCUCGUCGAGAAGCUGCACCGGCUCAACCUGGCGUCCGUGCAGGCCGCGCAGCGGCAGAGGGAAGCGGCCGCGGCGGCAGCCUCCUCAACCGCAGCAGCUUCAGCUGCAAUGCCGCUGGGGAACGCCGGGACACCGCCGCCGUCGGCCGCGGAGUGGAGCGGGAGGUUUCUCGAGGAGCAGCAUGUGGAGCAGAUGAUCGAGGAGCUGCUUGACUCCAACUUCUCCAUGGAGAUAUGCUACUAGUUAGCUAACUAGUGCCCUGCCUCUGCCUCUCCUCUCUGUUCUUGCGCCAACACGAGCGCAGCAGCUGCAAGCUGCAUGCAUGUGCGCGCGCGUUGCGUUGCUCGUACGUAGCACUCAGCUGCACCCUGCAGCCAGUGAGAGAUGUGAAGAGCUCUAUACUACUCUGAUUGUACGAGUUCUUCACUGGUACAUGUAUAGUAUCAGUAGCAGUAGUAUGUGCUGAGUAUUUUCGUUUUCAGCCGCUACUCACAUGCUUCUUUCGCCAUGCGGUUCCAAGGGCAAAAUGGGAGCUAACUAACGGCUACGUGAGAUCAUCCAUUUCAUAUCUCCAUGGACUUUCCUCAUGCAUGCCAUGAGCCGAAUUUUCCUCUGCCUUGACUCUUCAAAUCGGAUCACUGUCCCACAAGAGUCCGAAAGGGACAAUACAACGUGCCAAUGCAUCUGCACGUGUGGCUACCUAUAUUUACGCUACUGUUGCCUGAUGACAUUGACAUGUAUAUCGUUCAGAUUUCAAAGUGAGUGUUACAGGAUGGUAUCUAGGGAGGAUUCAC